UCCACGAGUUAUUUCUAUUUGCCACGAAAAUUUUGUAAGGCAGUAAUGUCCAAUAAUCCUUGAUUUUGUUAAGUUAAACACGGUUUCAUGUCUUAUUCUACAUAAACACCAGAUCAGCAGAUCUCCGUGAGCAGAAGAGUGUGUGUGGAGUAGUGGACUUACUUCAGACUGUAGAAAACUGGAUGGGAUAACGUUAAUCUUUUGGUCCGCUCAGAACAUGGAUCUCGGACAUCCGUUUAGUCAGCAGGUUGACCUGCUGAGCGUGAUGGUGAAAGAAGAAGAUAUAAAAGAGGAGGAAUAUGGUCAUAUGAUUUCAUGUCCAGAUGAAGACGAAAAGCCCUUUGCAGAGCUUCACUGUAAAACUAAAACGGACGUCACAGAGUCCAACGUAACUUACAAUGAAACAAAACAGACAACCGCGGAGAUUGAAGUGAAGAUUGAAGAUGAUGAACAAGAACACGAUUAUCUGCUGGGAAGUGAAUCGGAACACCCACAACAGAAGAUCCAUGGACAGAAUGAUGAACUGCAACUCAAAGGAAGGCUGCACCACUGCACCGUCUGCAGGAAGAGUUUCACAGCCCUGAGAGAACUCAAGAAACACCAGCAAACACACUCUCUUGGUGUUAAUCCAAGGCAGAGUACUCGCAAAAAACAACAUAAAUGUUUUCAUUGUGGGAAACUUUUUUCACAAGUUCCACAUCUUAAAAGCCAUAUACUAGUGCAUACUGGGGAGAAGCCUUAUACAUGUGUUCACUGCGGAAAAACUUUUUCACAAAGUUCACAUCUUAAAAUCCAUAAUUUAAUACACACUGGAGAGAAGCCUCAUAAAUGUGUUCACUGCGGAAAAGCUUUUUCACACAUUUUAACUCUGAAAAACCAUAUGUCUACUCACACAGGAGAGAAACCUCAUAAAUGUGACCAGUGUGGGAGAGGUUUUUAUAUGAUUUCACAUCUUAAAACCCAUAUGUUAAUACACACCGGAGAAAAGCCUCAUAAAUGCAUCCAGUGUGGAAAAGCUUUCUCACAAAUUCCGCAUCUUAAAACCCACAUGCGAAUACACACUGGAGAAAAGCCUCAUAAAUGUGACCAGUGUGGAAAAGCAUUUUCACAAAUUGCAUCUCUUCAAGGUCAUAUGGUAAUACACACUGGAGAGAAGCCUCACAUAUGUUUUCAGUGUGGAAAAGCUUUUUCACGAUCUCAUAAUCUUAAAACCCAUAUGCGAAUACACACUGGAGAGAAGCUUUAUAAAUGUAUCCAGUGUGGAAAAGGAUUUCCAGACAUUUCAGCUCUUAAUAGCCAUAGUCUCACUCACACUAGAGAGAAGCCUCACAUAUGUGACCAGUGUGGAAAAGCAUUUACAAAAAUAUCAAAUCUUAAAUUCCAUAUGAUUAUACACAGGGGAGAGAAGCCUCACGUAUGUUCCCAGUGUGGAAAAGGUUUUUCGCAAAUCGGAAAUCUUACAAAUCAUAUGCUAACACACACCGGAGAGAAGCCAAACCAAUGUGUCCAAUGUGGAAGAGCUUUUUCAAUGAAGUCACAUCUUAAAAGACAUAUUUUAACUCACACCGGAGAGAAGCCUCAUAAAUGUAUUCAUUGCGGCAAAGCUUAUUCAUAUGGUUCGUCUCUGAAAACCCAUAUGCUAGUACACACUGGAGAGAAGCCUCAUAAAUGCAACCAGUGUGGAAAAGCUUUUCCAUACACUUCCGUUUUAAAAACCCACAUGUUAAUUCACAGUGAGGAGAAGCCUCACAUAUGUAUCCAGUGUGGAAAAGCUUUUGCUAAAAUUUGGAAUCUUAAAGCUCAUAUGCUUGUACACACUGGAGAGAUGCCUUAUGAAUGUAAACAGUGUGGAAAAGGAUUUCCAGACAUUUCAGCUCUUAAUAGCCAUAAUCUGAGUCACACUGGAGAGAAGCCUCACGUAUGUUCCCAGUGUGGAAAAGGUUUUUCGCAAAUUGGAAAUCUUACAACUCAUAUGCUAACACACACUGGAGAGAAGCCAAACCAAUGUAUCCAAUGUGGACGAGCUUUUUCCAUGAAGUCACAUCUUAAAAGACAUAUUUUAACUCACACCGGAGAGAAGCCUCAUAAAUGUAUCUAUUGCGGCAAAGCUUAUUCACGUGGUUCGUCUCUGAAAACCCAUAUGCUAGUACACACUGGAGAGAAGCCUCAUAAAUGCAACCAGUGUGGAAAAGCAUUUACACAAAUUCGGAAUCUUAAAACCCAUAUGCGAAAACACACUGAAGAAAGGCUUCAUGAAUGUAUCCAAUGUGGAAAAGCUUUUCCAGAUAUUUCAGCUCUUAAUAUCCAUAGUCUCACUCACACUGGAGAGAAGCCUCACAUAUGUGACCAGUGUGGAAAAGGUUUUUCGCAAAUCGGAAAUCUUACAACUCAUAUGCUAACACACACUGGAGAGAAGCCAAACCAAUGUGUCCAUUGUGGAAGAGCUUUUUCCAUGAAGUCACAUCUUAAAAGACAUAUUUUAACUCACACCGGAGAGAAGCCUCAUAAAUGUAUCCAGUGUGGCAAAGCUUAUUCACGUGGUUCGUCUCUGACAGCCCACAUGCUUGUACACACUGGAGAGAAGCCUCAUAAAUGUAACCAGUGUGGAAAAGCUUUUCCAUACACUUCAGUUUUAAAAACCCACAUGCUAAUUCACAGUGGGGAGAAGCCUCACACAUGUUUCCAGUGUGGAAAAGCUUUUGCAAGAAUUUGGAAUCUUAAAGCACAUAUGCUUGUACACACUGGAGAGAAGCGUCAUAAAUGUAAACAGUGUGGAAAAGCUUUUUCAUACAUUUCAACUUUAAAAACCCAUAUGCGAAUUCACACUGGAGAGUAGCCUCAUAAAUGUAUCCUGUGCAGAGCAUAAAAUUGCACAAAUUGGUAUUUAACACAAUUGUUAUAUUAUGCGAUUGCUCUAAGCACUAGAUAUUUUUAUAAUCGCAUAUUUUUGUAUGCGUUUGGGCCUUUCGUUUACACGUUAACAGUUUAAGCGCAGAACAUAGAACAGGGAGAGCUCAUAAAAUCAUCGAUAUUUAAAGCAGAUUAGUCUUUGUUCAUUCAUGGGGUGCAUUUUGGCUUGAGUUGAAGGGGAAAUGAAAGCUUAUGGCCAUUCUUCCCAUCGUUUGUCUAUACUUGUGCUAUUAUGAUAUAGGCCAGUGCAGUCGAGUCGAACCACGGAACACAAUUGGCUGAGCCCAUAAGUGCACCCAUCCAUCGCACGCACGCACACAACCACCCUUUGCUAACGCAUAUUGGACUGGCUUUUUGCAAUUUUGGGUUUUUGCCUGUUGUUAAUUCUUCACCUCCAUAACAAAAGCAUUUACAUUGUGUACAGGGGGGUUAUGUCACGAGAAGUUUGCUGUUUACAAUAUAAAUACAUCAACUCUAGAGGGAGAUCUACAGUGGCCAAAAAUACCUAAACCUUUAAAAUUGAUCAGCUUGCAUAGCAAUGACCAACACCCAUAAUUACGAUGGUUGGGAAUCCUGGACAUAACGCAGCCUUUAGCAUUUGUAAAACUAUGAUGAGCUAUAUUAUCAUGCACUGCUUAUGGGUUCAAAUGCCUAAAUGGCCUAUUCUAAACUAACGUGAUGCGCAACCUCAAAAUAAGCUCUAAGACUCCUAUAAAAUAUCACAGAACAUUUUAUCAAAUACUAGUCUACUGGAUUUACAUUACUAUUCAAUCUGCUGUUCACUGGGUGAUCAUUAGCACUGAGUUACACAUUUUUGUAUCUGGGGAAAGUCUUUCAGCUAAAAUUUAAUAAUUUCUGGCCCAUGGGUGAUGUUUAUGUGUGUCACGUCGUCCUGGAUGUGAUUUUGUACUGCUUUAUGGCUGUUUAAGGCAAUUUUGGUAGCAUCUCGUGCGGUUUAUGGUACUCAUUCCGAGUGAUCUGUGAGCUGGGUAAUGAGGAUCUUACCACAUAGAUAGAUAGGUAUCUAUCAAUCUAUCUAUAGGUAUCUAUCAAUCUAUCUAUAGGUAUCUAUCAAUCUAUCUAUCUAUCUAUCAAUUUAUCUAUCUGGUAAGAUCCUCAUUACCCAGCUCACAGAGCACUUGAAAUGAGUACUUGUUCCUUAUAGUAUUGCUGUCCUUAGUUGGACAAAGGGGGAUUCUGUGCAGUAGUUGCCCUGUCAUUCUAACAGAAUAGACAUAUCGGGUGUAAUCAGAGUGUUACGGCUCAAGAGUUACAGCUGUUCCGGGUUUCUCUAUUUGAGUGUUAACUAUUUGGGUGAUAAUAUUCCACGAGGGAGACCUCAAGGCCUGUGGUCCGAAAUAUGUGUACACGCACAGAUUGGGACUAUUCACUGCAAAAAAUGAUAUCUUACUCUUAAGUGUUAUAAUCUUAUAUUAAGAUUUUUAGAAAAUCUAGUUAAUAUUGUUUUUAUGAAGAUACUUACUUUGAGCUUUCUAAUAAGAUUAUUUGACUUAAAAUAAGUCAAAAUCUUCUUAAAUUAAGACAUAAAAACAAGUAAAUUUAUCUGCCAGUGGAUUAAGUAAUGUUAUCUUAAUUGAAGACUGUCUAAGAAAAUAUGUGUGCACGCACAGAUUGGGACUAUUUUAAGAAUCUCCAGAGUGCUGCCGUUCACUGGGUGCUUAGUAUCAUUAUCAAUGUAAUCAUUCUAUGUUGUUUUUUAUGUCUUUUAAUUAUUACUUUUUAAACUAUUGCCCUUUUAUGCUUUCAUGUAACAUUACCUUGUGUGUUUUGUGUUUGUGUCUUUUUUAUUCUUUACUUUUUAAAGUAUUAUUUGACCGUUGGACUUAUAUGCUUUCAUUAGCUAUUCCUGUUUUCUUUUGUUUAUGUAAAGCACAAUGCAUGACCUCUGUGUUUGAAAUGUGCUAUAUAAGUAAACUUGACUUGACUAUUCCUACUAGAGUAUCCUAGAACUUCAUGGCUAGUUAGUUCAGCAGUAAGUUUUCACUAGUCGUCUAACAUCAUUUUUUUAUCAGGCUACAUAAUUACUCUGCCGCCAUGAUCCAUUCAAAAACCCAUAGAAGCACGGCACUUCAUAAUGGGCUGAUUUCAGUGAAAAGCUAGACGUUUGUUGGACAAACACCCCUAACAAGUAAUUUCCAGGGAAGCCCGGCAUCUCAGGGAGUGAAUGGGGCUGUGGGAUUGACCAGAUGCCAAGCAUCUGUGUGAUAAUUGGAGGAACUGUCACACUGCAAAAACUGCUUAUCCAAUAAACUCUAACCAAGAUUAUUAUAUCAAGAUAAAAAACUAGUUUGUAUUGUUUUCAGUAUAAAGACACUUACCUAGCGCUUUGUGAAAUCAUUUGACUUUAUUUAAGAAGACUUACUUAUUUUGUCUGAAAACAAGAAAAUUCGGCUGCCAGUGUGUUAAGCAAAUUGCUAUCUA